AUGGGCGCAUUUGGAGAAUUGCCUACACUGCAAUUGGGCUUGGGUGACAUUCAGAAGAAGGUUCGCGGAUUAGGCCAGCAGUAUACACCUGACAGCAAAGCACACUAUCUGCUUGCUGCUUCGGGUGUCAACACAGGCGCCGCCCUACGCGACCUGAACCUCUUCACAAACAGCGCUGCCGCAAAGGCCCCUGCACCCAUCGCUGCGAACGAUCCUCUGUACGGCGAUCUUGAUACCUACGUCGAGAGUCUUUACCAGAAGGAGAAGAAGGAUCUUUUCGACGAGUUCAUGGAAGAUUCAAAGAGAGAUUUCGACCGUUUCAUCGAGGACAACUUGCAGUGCAACUGGGAGCAGAAGCGCAAGGAAAUCUAUGAGCACUUUGGCAUUACUAAGAAGUCGGACAAGACAGAGGCUAGCUUUGAGGGAUCAACCACUGAUGGCGCACGCGGCGCAUUUGGUCGAUCCAGCCGCAGAGCACCCUUCGGUGCAUCAACUGGUGCUUCAAGAAUGGGCUCCAAGUCUGUGCUCGGAGCCACCGGCAGACAGACUUCGAGGACCAGCCAGUUCCCCGAUGUGGCCGAGAAAGCUCCUGCUGGUCUACAAAACGUCAGCGAGAACCGUAUGCUCAGAGACAAGCAGGACAAAUACUCCAACAAGGUCAAGGAGCUCAACAUUGCUCGCAUCGAGGGUCGUCUUUACCCGCUCCUGCACAACUUCGUCGAGGUCGAGGCUCAGCCUUCGGCCGAAGACACAUCAAAGCUCGUCGAUGCUUACAAGGCCCUUGCCGACAUUGUUGGCGAAAGCCCCGAAUUCCAGACCUCAUCCGACCCACGCGCCAUCAAGGAGCGUCAAUUUGCACAAGACUACCUCGACGACGCACCCAACUCGCGCAAGGCUUUCGAUCUUCGUAAACGCAUCAUCGACGGCUCCAGACGUUUCCUCGAAAAGCAGUUCCUCUCCCAGCUCGAGACAGCCAUCCUCAAGAAUGCUAAGGAAGCUGCUCUUGGAGGUGUUCCUUCAAUCAUCAACAAAGUUCGUGCCUACGUUCGUCUACGUGCUGCUCGCAAGGAGCUCGGCCCCGACACCAGCGAGCUGCAAAUGAUCAACGACGACUACCCCUGGGUUCUCAUCUUCUACCUUCUUCGCGCUGGUCUCGUCAACGAAGCUGCCGAGUAUGUAGCCGACAACGAACGUGCCAUCAAGGCUUGCGAUCGCAACUUCCCUCUCUUCCUCGCAAGCUACGCGCGCAGCACCGACCGUCGCCUUCCUCCGGAGCUGCAAACCAGAAUCAACAAUACCUACUCUCAACGCGCACAAUUCGCUCCCGAAAACAGUGUCGACCCUUACCGCAUGGCCUGUUUCAAGAUCAUCGGUCGCUGCGAGCUUGGUAGACGCACACUCGAUGGUAUCAACCAGAAUAUGGAAGACUGGGUCUGGCUGCAGUUUGUGCUUGCCCGUGAGGUCAACCGUGUCGAGGAAACUGCUUCCGAGGUCUUCGGCCUCGACGAUGUCAGAAACGUCAUCCAUGAAGUCGGUCAAAGACAUUUCGUUCAAGGCGCUGAAGGUGCUGCUGGAUAUGGCACCUACUUCUUCCUUCAAAUCCUGGCUGGUCAGUUUGAAAGCGCUAUUGCUUGGCUGUACCCCAACAACUACCUCAGCGCUGUGCACUUUGCCAUUGCUUUGAACUACUACGGUCUCUUGCGUGUCAACGACUACAGCAAUUCUGAGGAUCUCUUGUCAUACACCACAAGCCAGAAACCCCAGAUUAGCUUCGCUCAUCUGGUCGGCUACUACACCAAGGACUUCCGCGCUCAAUCACCCACCACUGCCGCUGACUACAUUGCUCUGAUCUGCUUGAACGGAGAUCUUGGUGGUGAGAUUGGACAACGCCAAGUCGCACUCUGUCACGAUGGUCUUCGUGAACUUGUUCUUGAGACUCGCGAAUUUGCUCAGUUGCUUGGAGACAUUCGUUCUGAUGGUCAACGCAUUCCAGGUUCCAUUGAACAACGUCUCAAGAUCAUCCGUAUCGCCGACGAGAAAGCAUUCUUGCGCUACAUCACUAUCAGUGCUGCCCAGAUUGCUGACGACAAUGGCCGUGUCACUGAUGCUGUCCUGCUUUACCACUUGGCUGAGGAAUACGAUAACGUCAUUACCAUCUGCAACAAGGCUCUGUCGGAAGCUAUCAGUGUCGAGCUCGGCGAUGCCCCUCUACGCCUGACUCCGCUCAAGCCUCGCGAUCCUACCGCUGCCGAGACUUCAGCAUCUCUCAGUCUGACCGCUGUCGAGGACCCCUACACACUUACCCGCAACAUGCGUGCCUUGUAUGAGAGCAACCAGCUUCACGCCGCCAAGAUCAAGCAGGUCAACCGCGAGUCUUGCACUCUCCUCCUCGGUAUGGCCGAAGCCAAGUCUCUUGUCGCCGAAGGCCGCUGGGCCCUUGCUCUCGAUGCCCUUAACAGCCUGAACUGCCUUCCCAUCUCGGCAGGCGGUAACAUGAGCCUGAUCCGUGCAUCCGCCAAUGCCUUCAGCAACCUGCCUCCGCCAGUCGCUCGCAACAUUGGCAACUUGCUCAUCUGGACCAUUACUUGCUGUGGUCAACAGCGCGAGUACCUUCGCUCAUCGCCCUCAGGCUUCGAGGAGCGUGGUCGCGAAAAGGUUGCUGAGGACAUCUUGCAGGUCGCUAAGGACACUAUGGUCUUUGCUGGCUUGAUCCAAUACAAGUUGCAGCCCAGAGUGUUUGAGGUGCUUACUCGUGUUGGUGGCGACGUUGGUGCUUACUAG